ACAUAAUAAAAAUUAAAAACGACACACCAAAACAACCGUCACCAUAAAGGGCGGCGAGUUGUGGCGGGAGACGUGGGCAAAACCCGGCGAGGCUUGACGAAAGAGUGACCAAAAUGAGGUUAGGGUUUCUGCUUCUUAAAAAUGCAGGAUUUAAUUCAAAAACCAGUUGCAAAAGCUCCUCAAAUAUUGAAGAAUGAAGAGUGAAUUAACGAGCAAAGGAGAAAAUGAUGAACUCAAUUCGUCCUCACGAUCCUCUUCGUAAGAAAAUCAACUCUGUAUGCUGCGUCUUGGCUGCAGUGCGACAAUCUUCUUCUUCUUCUUCGCCGUCUUCAUCGGCAAUCACCCAAAAUGAGGAAACCCUGAUUUCUCUCGUCAAAUCCGCUACUCAAACUCGCCAUUUGCUCCAACUCCAUGCCCGCACCAUACGCACUUCUCUGUGCCUUAACCCAGUAGUUUUCUCGGCCUUCUUGACCCGAAUUUCCUUUCCUCCAUUUCAGGAUCUGGGUUAUGCUCGGAGGAUCUUCGAUGAAUUCCCUGGGCGGAAUGUGUCGUCGUACAACAUUAUGAUCAGGGCUUAUGCAAUGGGAAAUUUUCCCAAGAAAGGCUUGGAGCUGUAUGAAGAAAUGCUUUCUUUGGGCAUAUCUCCAGACUCUUUGUCUUUGUCGUUUGUAAUCAAAUGUAUUCUGAAGAUUGGGUCUCUUAUUGGAGGAACGCAGAUUCACACCCUGGUUCUGAGAGAUGGACAUCAGUCUGACACUUUCUUGCUCACCGCUUUGAUGGAUUUUUACUCGUCUUGCAAGAAGUACAACGACGCUUACAAAGUGUUCAAUGAAAUGUCUGUGAAGGACACUGUUUCCUGGAACACUUUGAUUGCUUGCUUCAUGAAAAAUCGCCGCCGGCACGAUGCCUUAAAGGUGUUUGAUAGGAUGCAGAGUUCAAAUGUGUGCCAGCCAGAUGAAGUCACUUGUCUGUUGGUUCUUCAGGUUUGCGCGCAGCUAAAUGCGUUGGAGUUUGGGGAAAGAGUUCAUAAAUACAUCAAAGAACAUGCCCACGGGGAUUCAAUGCGUUUAUGUAACAUGCUUAUAACAAUGUAUUCACGUUGUGGGUGUGUUGAUAAGGCUCACGAGGUGUUCAAAAACAUGGCUAGGAAAAAUGUUGUGUCUUGGAGUGCAUUGAUUUCGGGUUUGGCAAGCAAUGGCUGUGGUAGAGAUGCCAUUGAGGCUUUUGAAGAGAUGCAGAGAGCCGGCAUUCCACCAGAUGGUCAUACUUUCACUGGGAUUCUCUCUGCUUGCAGUCACUCUGGUCUUGUACACGAGGGACGAAUGAUAUUUGAUAGAAUGAGUAAGCAGUUUAGAAUCUCACCCAACCUUCAUCACUAUGGGUGUAUGGUUGAUCUCAUGGGCCGUGCAGGUCUUCUCAACGAGGCAUAUGAGUUUGUAAAAUCAAUGAGUAUCAAACCAGAUGCCACAAUGUGGAGGACACUAUUAGGAGCUUGUAGGGCUCAUCACAAUCCCAUCCUCGGUGAAAGAGUCAUUGAACAUUUGAUUGAACUCAAAGCAGAAGAGGCCGGAGAUUAUGUGCUGUUGUUGAACACAUAUUCUUCUUUAGGGGGUGAUUGGACGAACAAGGCAUCGAGCUUGAGGAAAUUGAUGAAUGAAAAGGGAAUCUACACAACUCCCGCUUGCAGUACUAUUGAGAUAAAGGGGAAAAUACACGAAUUCGUUGCAGAUGAUGUUUCGCACCCUAUGAGAAGGGAGAUUUAUGAGAAGUUGGACGAGAUCAUGAACCAACUGACACUUGGUGGGUAUGUGGCUGAAAUAACAACACCAGAGGUGGAAGGAGAGAGGUUCGGAUCGUCUUAUCACAGCGAGAAGUUGGCUAUUGCUUUGGGGGUUCUGUCAAUGCCACCCGGAACAACAAUUAGGGUUGCUAAGGACCUGCGGAUUUGCGUCGACUGCCACAAUUUCGCCAGGAUUCUGUCUAGUGUCUACAACAGGGCAGUAGUCAUAAGAGAUCGCAAUCGGUUUCAUCAUUUCCGAGGAGGGUGCUGUUCGUGCAAUGGCUACUGGUAAAGUGAUAAUCUGGUAUAUAGUUCAGCACACAUUGAACAUACUCAAAUUUAGCAAGCCAAUGGAGCUAAAAAAGGGUCCUUUUUUUUUAUAAUGUUAUUGAACUUCACUUGUGUGUCUUACAUUAUAUAUGAAGUUUUGGGCAGAUUUUGUUAAUAGGGGUAAGAUUGUGUGCAUCUCUACUACCAUCAGGCUCUAAUGAAGUUGAGAUUAUAUU